AUGUCCCACGAGCCGGUCAGCAAGGUCAGGCUACUCCAGACCGAGCAGCCCAAGACGGGCAUGACUGAUACGUACCAGAUCUACGGCCCUAUGUGUGGUAACCGCUAUGCGGCGGCUCAAGAGCAGGGCCUCAAGCGUGGCUACAUUUCUACCUAUCCAGGCCCUGCCCUUUCCAACGGCCAACGCCUGGCGCUCUUGUGUAACUUGUGA